CCAAGGGUAACAACAACAACAAGAUCAAGUAGAAAUGGAAUCAAGGUUGUUCGAAGCAGCUCGUUGUGGAGAUAUAUCUGCAUUUCACUCAUUACUCGAGGAAGAUCCAUUUCUGCUCGACCGAGUUGCCUUAAACCCAGUCUAUAACCCUCUACACGUAUCCGCAUUAGCAGGACAAGUGGAAAUCACAAAGGAAAUCGUGAGCAGAAAGCCGGCAUUCACUAGGGAGCUAAACGAAAAUGGUUUUAGUCCUAUACAUGUCGCUUCAGCAAAUGGGCACAUUGAGAUAAUAAGAGAGCUUAUGAGGGUUGGAUAUGAUAUAUGCCUUUUGAAGGGAAAAGACGGCAAAGUUCCACUCCAUUGCGCGGCUUUAAAAGGGAGAGUGGAUGUUGUUAAGGAACUGGUGUGGGCUUGCCCCGAGUCUCUUAAACAAGUGACAGCCUGCGGAGAAACCGCCCUUCAUUUGGCUGUGAAAAGCAAUCAGAUUGAAGCUGCAAGGGUAUUGAUUGAGGAGAUAAGGAGGUUACAAAUGAUGGAAAUCUUGAACUGGAAAGACACCGAGGGCAACACCGUUUUACAUCAGGCAACCUUCAAUAGACAACAUGAGGCAAGUCUAGUUACAAUUACUUUCAUCUUUUCUUAUUCAUUUUUUCAUUUCUUGGCCUACGUUAAGCUAAAUAUGAUGUAUAGCAUAUAGAUUGUGUUGUAAGGAAAGGACCAAUACUGGUUUGCAGAUUAUAAGUCUAUUAAUCGGUGGAGAAGCACUUGCUUGUGGGGUUAACAUAAA